AUGAACUUGGUCUCGACACAGUCUCUGAGCCUACCACGUGAUGGUUACAUGUCCUCUGCGAGGGACAUUAUGGGUAAUUGGAGUUAUGUGAUGGUGUUUGCGGUUGUUCUACUCCUCUGGUUCUCUUCGACCAUAUAUACCGUGUUUUUCCGUCCUCUCAGCAGUGUCCCAGGGCCAUGGCUGGCCCGUUUCAGCGAGGCCUGGAGAUCCCACAAGUACUUUCGAGGGACAUGGCACCAAGAUGUCGUCCUGUUGCACCGGAAGUACGGGAAAGUCGUCCGAAUUGCCCCAAACGAGUUGAGCAUUGUCGAUGAAGCCGGGCUGAAAGCACUAUACGGCCAUGGUCAGAAAGUUGUCAAGAGCAAAUGGUACGACACUUGGACCGUUCCCAACAUGAGUAUGAGUUUCUUCGCCGUCAGGGACAUCAAGACUCAUCGGCAUCUGCGGUCUCGCGUCUCGUCCGGGUACUCCAUGACUGCUAUUCAAUCCAUGGAGCCCUUGAUACAAGAUGUCUCAAACUCUAUGUGGCAGAAAAUGGGAGAGUUUGCCGAUAGGAAUGCUCCGGUUCGCAUGGAUGAGUGGGCAAACUACUUCGCCUUUGACGUGGUUGGUAGCCUGGCUUUGGGCGGCCCUAUCGGUUUCAUCGAGAAGGGAAAGGAUGUUGACGGUAUCAUCCGGUCAAUCCACGACGGCUUUUGGCUCAUGGCGAACAUGGGCAACAUGCCAUUCCAAAUGGUGUGGUUCAACAAUCGCAUCGCGCAGUGGGCCCUUAGGUCCUUUGGCGGCGAACGGCUCCAGGCCUUCUCUAGAUUUGUGGACUGGCUAGAGGUCCGCGUUGACGAGCGCUACCGAAAUGGCCUUGGUUUCAAGCGGCGAGAUAUGUUACAGCUGUUCAUCGAUGCCAAAGAUAUGGCAGGGCAGCCGGUCACAAAGGGCGAUGUAAUGAUGGAAGGCGUCAAUAUUCUGGGCGCCGGAGCAGAUACGACAACUAUUGGCAUUCUUGCCACGCUGGGCUCGCUUCUUCUUCAUCCCGAAGCGGUAGUUCGGCUCCAGGCUGAGAUCGAUGAAGCGUAUUGCUCUUUGGGACUUGAGAAGACAGGGCGAGACAUCGAGUUCUUAGAGUCGUCCAAAUUGCCGUUCCUAUCCGCCGUCAUCAAAGAGAGUACAAGACUGCACCCUUCUAUUCAGUAUCAACUUCCACGCGUGGUUGGUCCCGGAGGCUUGCAACUCGAUGACGUGGCAGUGCCUGAAGGCACGAUAUGUGGCAUAAGUCCCGCUUCGAUGAACCGGUCGCUGGAGAUAUUUGGCCCAGACGCUGAUGAGUGGAAGCCUGAGAGAUGGAUUGCGACUGAUGCAAACCAUGAAGAAAAGAUCAAGUAUUGGAACUCCCAUUUGACAACGUUCGGCAUGGGAAGCAGAAGCUGCGUAGGGAAGAACUUGGCCACGGUUGAAAUGCACAAUUUCAUUGCGCAGUUCUUCCGCAAGUUUGAUGCUUCAUUGGUGGAUUUGGACCGCCCCUGGCAAACAAAGACGCAAUGGUUUGCUUUUCAGAGGAAUUUCUGGGUACGCGUACAGCGUAGAUAUUGA